UGUCUAGCUGGUAACGGAGAGCUUUUCUUCCCCUUUCUCAUUAACUGUGCACCUUCUUCAAUGUUCCCUGCAUUGCAAAAUGUACUCCAAGUUCUGGCCUAAAGGAGGCCUCCCCGGCAUUCUGCACCAUUACACCGAAAGCCUUGUCACAUUUGAAUAUACCACCGGUGCUGUUCGAAAGCCUCAUAGCUUGAUCUUUGUGGGCGGUCUUGGAGAUGGACUGGCAACGACAUCCUACAUGGCAGAUCUGGUCCACGCCUUGCAACCUACGGACUGGUCUCUGUUCACCCUGAAUGUCACAUCUUCCUAUCAGUCAUGGGGUCUGGGACAUCUAGACCGCGACACGAACGAGAUUGCCCAAUGCCUCCAAUAUAUCAAAGACUACAAGACAUCCAAAUUCGGCAAUGGCAAGGUCGUGCUCAUGGGCCACUCCACCGGAAGUCAAUGUGUCCUACACUAUCUGUACCGACCAAACCCGCACACCACUACUGCCCCCUUCGACCCUGACCUCCAACACAUAAAGCGUCUGCCUCUCGACGGAGCGAUCAUGCAAGCACCCGUGUCCGACCGCCAGGCCAUCCAGUUGGUCCUGGCCCAUGGGUUUGGAGACAAAACACCUAGCGAGAUCCGACCAAUUUACGAGAAGGCAGUGACCAUGGCGAAGGAGGCUGUUCGCCAGAACGAAUCCUGUGACACAUUGCUCCCGCUCUCCGUGACGUCGGGUAUCUGCUAUCCAGGCAAUACUCCCAUCAGCUGUCGACGAUUCCUAAGCCUCGUCAGCCCUGAAAGCCCUCACUCCCCGGGAGAGGACGAUCUGUUCAGCUCGGACCUCGGCGAGGAGCAAUUACGAAAGACUUUUGGAAUGAUAAAGCCCCGGGGGCUAUUGCGGCAUAAGCUGAUGGUAUUGUUCUCGGGGGCUGAUCAGUCCGUCCCAGGUUGGGUUGACAAGGAGGCUUUGCUACAGCGAUGGAAGAACGCCACGGAUCCCGAUGGCGAAGGUCAGAUUUGGGAUGAUGACCACACGGCGGUUGUGCCCAAUGCGUCUCACGCCUUGAGUAAUGACGAUCAAGCUGAACCUCGGAGGUUUCUGGUCGAAAAGGUGAUGGGAUACUUGGAAACAGCAGAGCAGGCGUGA